ACAGGCAGCUGGAUAACUACUCGAACAUAAACGAAGGAAGUGCAUGUAUUUUGGAAAUAGAUUUUUCUCCCACUGAGAGUAUUUUCAGUUAAUAUCGGUUAAUGUCCUUGAGGUGUAGGCUCGUUACAGUGGUAGAAAUUUUUAAGCUCAAAGUAGAACGUUGUUUAAAUGCCAACGCCGGCAUGGUAAGCUAACUCACUAAGUCUUGGAGUUGCAACAAGGAUGGAGAGAUUACUUGUGAAAGAGAGUCCGCUGCUUUUACCACUCAACAAAGAGAAAACUAUUUAUGAUGGAUUUAUCACGGUUCAGGAGAGAGACUUCAGAAUACGCAUACUGCUUCCACCAGAUCAUCAAGUUAAACUAGCCAAGCUUCACUGUUGCUGGCAGCUGAAACAGUUACUGCGUGGCUAUGUGCAUAUAGUGAAACGAAGAUUACAUCACUCCCCUGACCUAGUGAGUUUUGUUCUGGAGCUGAAGACUGUCCUGGAAGUAGCUCUGAAGAGCAGGACAGAGUGUCGUUCGAUUCCUCCUCCAAAGUACUACUCUCAGCUCAUCACUGAGAUGGAAGACCUUGGAUGGGAUAAAUUGGUGUUCAUUGACACAGAGUUCCGUACAUUGAGACUGAAGGCAGAGGACUCCUCAGGACGCCAGCAUGUUGUUACAGUCAAACUGAAGCCCAAGCACCCUCUAGAGGCCCCAGUGUGCACUGCAGACCUGCCUGUUCCUCUGGCCAUGACCUGGACUGCACAGAGUUCUCUUACCCAUGUUCACACUCAGUUCCUGCUGCUUCUAGAAUCUCUGGCCGAGUUCUGGGCGGUUCUAGAUGAGAUUGAUCAAAAGACCUGGGUUUUAGAGCCAGAGAAACCCAGCAGAGCAGACACCAUGAGGAGAAUUGUCAUCGGAAAUAAUGUUUCCAUAAAAGUGGAGGUUAACACACGACAUCCGAACAUGCUACCAGAAUGUUGCCUGCUCGGAGCAGAUCAUGUGGUAACUCCUUUGAGGAACAAGCUCAACUCCAACAUGCAUUUAUGGAAUCCAGAGUGCAGUGUCUUGCAGAACCUCCGGGAUGUUUUGGAAAUAGAAUUCCCGUCACCUGCCACCCACGAAAAAUCUAGUUUCAGUGUGGAGUGUGGGAUCUGUUACUCCUACCGUCUCAACUCGGACAUUCCUGAUCAAGUGUGCAAUGACUCUCGCUGCGGUCAGCCCUUCCACCAGGCCUGUCUUUACGAGUGGCUGCGAGGAAUUCCAUCGAGUCGCCAGAGCUUCAGCAUUGUGUUUGGGGAGUGUCCUUACUGCAGCAAGCCCAUCACAGUGAAGUGUCCACCCAGAAACCCUGAAAACUGACUGGAGUCAAAGCCCUGUGCAUGCACCCCUAUGGUUUCAUAUGAACCUUA